UUCAACUUCUGAUGAUUUGACGGGAGAGUGUUUGGAGGGAGACGGAGAUGGAUACGGCCACAGUCGGCUGAUUUGCUGAGCCAUAAAUCGCCUUCUCUUUCACGAUACCAUAACGUCGUCUUCUCUCUCACGCACGCUUUUGACCCACUCUUCAUCUUCUUCGUCUCUCACAAUCUCUCUCGUUUUGAUCCGUAUUUGUGUAAUUUGGGAAACCGAACACCAUAAGAAUGCUACAGGAUUCAACGUACAAGCAGGAACCCUACGAUUCAGAUUCUGAGUUCGUUGAGAUUGAUCCUACACGUCGCUACGGUCGGUAUAAGGAGGUUUUAGGAAGAGGCGCUUGCAAAAAAGUAUAUAGAGCGUUUGAUGAGCUUGAAGGAAUUGAAGUUGCUUGGAAUCAGGUUAAGGUGACCGAUCUGUUGCGGAAUUCUGAAGACUUGGAGCGUUUGUAUUCUGAAGUUCAUUUGCUUAAGACCUUGAAGCACAAAAACAUCAUUAAAUUUUACAGUUCAUGGGUUGACACGAAACAUGAGAAUAUCAAUUUCAUCACUGAGAUAUUCACCUCGGGUACAUUGAGGCAGUAUCGCAACAAACAUAAGCAUGUUGAUCUGAGGGCACUGAAGAACUGGUCUAGGCAGAUCCUAGAGGGCCUUUCUUAUCUUCACAGUCAUGAUCCGCCUGUCAUCCAUAGAGAUUUGAAAUGUGACAACAUUUUUGUCAAUGGAAACCAAGGGGAAGUGAAAAUUGGUGAUUUGGGACUGGCUGUCAUUCUUCGCAAGGCUCGUUCAGCACAUAGUGUCAUUGGUACACCUGAGUUUAUGGCACCAGAGCUUUAUGAGGAGGAAUACAAUGAGCUGGUGGACAUUUAUGCCUUUGGAAUGUGUGUGCUGGAGCUCGUAACCUUUGAGUAUCCAUAUGUUGAGUGUGCCAAUGCUGCUCAAAUAUUCAAGAAAGUAACAUCCGGAAUAAAACCAGCAUCAUUGGCAAAAGUUACAGAUUCUACCGUGAGAGCUUUUAUAGGGAAAUGUAUUGCAAACGUAUCUGAGCGGGUGCCUGCCAAGGAACUUCUUAUGGAUCCCUUUCUUCGAUCACAUGAGGAAAGUGAAAGUAUAAGCCAUGCAUUACUUCCCAAAAGCCACCAUUCAGGUGGCAAUUUUGAUGCAAUAGAAGGUGCAUGUGCUAGGGAUUUCUCAGCAGAGACAAUUAAAGGCUUCACAGUGCAAGGUCAGAGAAAAGACUUGAACACGAUAUUUCUGAAACUGCGAAUAGCUGAUUCCACAGGUCAUAUUCGCAAUAUUCACUUCCCAUUUGAUAUUGAGGCCGAUACAGCACUUGCUGUUGCAAGUGAAAUGGUUGAGGAGUUGGACCUUACCGAUCAAGAUGUUUCAACAAUUGCUGAUAUGAUUGACUCAGAAAUUCGGUCACAUGUUCCUGAUUGGGAACCUGCUGAACUUUCACAAGGUAGUCCUGUUGGAGAGUCCGAAACUCCUGAUUCUCAUGCCUCUGAAAUGUUAGAGGAUUGUUGUCUUUUGAGAAAUGAUUCUGACCUUUCUUCUAGUGGCCUUGCACUAGAAAGACUGCCGUCAGGCAAGAAGUACUGGUCUGACUCACCCAAGGCAAAUGGUGGGAACUCUCCUGGCAAGCCUGGACCUUCAAAUUUGUCUCCAAAAGUGGACCGCUCAAGCAAACAUGAUGGGCAAUCUCCUCGUAGUCAUGAGGAUCAUUCAAGCAAUACCACUUCACUUGAUCGCCAGGAUUGUGAAACCAUCUCUAGCGAUGAUGAUAAGAAUGAAGAGCAUGAUGAUGGUAGCAUGCAUGCAGAUUUGUUACCUGCAAUUGUUGGUCAAGAUGGUGAGACCGGGGGAUCUCCAGUGGAAGAGAACUGCGACUUACAACGAGACAUCAAAUUAGAAGAUGUCAAAGUAAUUGCUGAGAAACUCGAUCAUCUGUUGGUCAAGCAGCGAAAAGAGCUAGAUGAGAUAAAGCAGAAACACAAACUAGCUAUAUCGGACAUUUUGAAUGAAAUUUCUCCAGAUAUCUGUAAGGAGGUCUUGAAUGUUUGUAAAGUGAAAAUUCCCGACUAAAGCAAUGAGACACAGUGCUGGUGCUGCAAGUUGAGAUUCCUGACAUAGCAGACACUUUUCUGUCUCUCAUCAACGGAUUAUGAUUUGAUUCUUACUUCCCUAGUUUCCCAAAUGAAGAUGAUCUUGUAGAUUCUAUGAAGUUAGAACGCAAGAUAACUUAAUCUUCACACUGUAAGCCAGAAAGCACAAGGCAGCUUCAGAAUGUCGCUCUCAGAAACCGUCUUGAAGGAUAGGUCAUUAUGGUUGUGAAAUGGUGAGUUGAUAUGCUUGCUGCUUUCAGCCUUGAGACUUUAAAAGGCUCACAAGGAAAGCGUCUGACACGGCACUCGGUUGAAUUCUUGAUACUGCUGAGUUGAGGGACAGUCCAGCGGGUUAUAUAUUGUGUAACAUAUCACUGGAAGAUACCUGCAUGGUUUCCAUAGGUGGGAUUAAUUUCCCAGUCUCUUCUAUAUAGGUUAUCAGAUUUUUUUGUGGAUUGUAUACUUGUAAAUAGCUCUCCCUUGCAGGAAAAUUUAGUGCUCAUGUCCAAUGACUGUGAUAAGGGUGAUGUAUUGUGAUAUAAGAUUUUUUUUUUCUUCCUUUGUAUGUCAAAGCUUCUGUUUCCUGUUGUA